AUGAAGCCGCUAGUCCCCCCUGCCCCGAAGCCAGCGCCCUCUGUCGCUGGUGUCUCUGCGAGUCCGACUCCGGACCUCGUGUCAAGUGUGGUUCCGGCAUCACUCCUGCCUGCCCCGUCUGCCCCUGUUGCUGAGCCGGGCCCUCCUGCGCUCUCCGCUCCUGCUCUGCCGGCUGUCCCUGUAAAUCCUGCGGCGCCGUCUGCUGUUGCCGAUCCUGGUGUUGCGUUGCCCGUGCCUGAACUCCCUGCGGCAUCGCCCGCUGUUGAUGUCCCUGUUGCACUCGACGCGGCUCAGCUGGGCCAACGCUCCUCCCGCCCGCAUUCUCCUGCGCCUCGUGAGGAGCGGGAGUCGUCGCGACGCCGUCGUGAUUCUCCACGGCGUAACCGUUCGCAGGCGAACUGGCAUGCGCAACGUGGCGGUCGUGGGGGGUGGGCGGGAGGUCGCGGUUAUGGCGGCGGCGCGGCGUAUGUUCAGCCGAUCUCCCUUGCGGACGUGCAGCGUGUUGUCUCGGCAGCGAUACGCGAGGAGAGGGCAGUGCAUCGCCUUGCUCCUGCUCCAGCGGCUCCUCCUCCGGCCGCUCGUCCUGUGGCUGCGGCUCCGCCACGUCAGGCUGUUGCCCCGGCUCCCCUUGUCCCUGCUCCGACUCCCUCCGUCCCUGCCGCAUCUGCUGCCGCACGUGAUCGCCGCUUGCGGCUACCGUGGGUUCCUCUAGUGGCGGGACUGGAAUUUGUGACUGCGGCAGGAGGAGCGGUGACGGCACAGUACCCGCCUCUGCUGCCUGCUGAUCCCGCUCCCCCGUCUGCUCUCGAUGCACCGAUCCUCCCGACCUUGCCUGGGCCUCCUCGCAUGGCUGAGGUCCCGGAAGCGAGCCUGGCGCAGUUGUGGCGUCUCUGUGAGGCCCUUCGUGCCGUUCACCUGAUCCAGGUGUACGGUCAUGCUGCUCUGUUCCAGGGGAAUUCCCUGGAUGGAGGCCCUCGGGAUGAGUGCCUCGAUGCGGCGGAUCGGCUCGCCGAGCUCCUGGCGCCCGUGCUGGCUGCGCCUGCACGGGGUGUAAUUGCGGGCGGUGGGCAUCUUGGAACGGCUGUCCGUGGGUUGAAGUGGGUCCUGCGCGCUGGUACUGGAGACGAAGUGAUCGGCCCAAGCGCGGCGGUGCUGCAGCAUCAGCCGCCUCCUCCGCCUCUCAUCCCCUGCCGUGUGCCUCCCGUGUCUCUCAUUCUGUCCGCGCUCAUUCCGUCUUGUCUGCACCCCACACCCCUGUCCUUCGUUGCUGCCCAUCCCAUGCUCCGAUGCUCUUGUGCUUCCCGUGCUGCCCCGUGCCCCCAUGCUUCCUGUGCUGCCCUCGUGCCUCCCGUGCUCCCGUGCUUCCCGUGCUGCCCCCCGCGCCUCCCGUGCUCCCGUGCUCGCUCCCGUGCUUCCUGUGCUGCCCCAAUGCAUCCCGUGCUCCCAUGCCCCCAUGCUUCCCGUGCUGCCCCGUGCUCCCGUGCUCUCGUGCUCCCGUGCUUCCCGUGCUGCCCCCGGCCUCCCGUGCUCCCAUGCUCCCGUGCUUCCCCUGUGCCUCCUGUGCUCCCGUGUUGCCGUGCUCCCGUGCUGCCCUGUGCCUCCCCGUACAUCCCGUGCUGCCGUCCCGUGGCAUCCCGUGCCUUGCUGCCAGUACUCGUUCGUGCCUCCCGUUGCUGCCCGUAUCCCUUCGUGCCUCUCAUGCUGCUCGUCUUCGUUCGUGCCUCCCGUUGCUGCCCGUAUCCGUUUGUGCCUCUCGUGCUGCCCAUACCCCUUCAUGCCUCCCGUGAUGCCUGUGUCCGUUCGUGCAUCCCGUUGCUGCCCGUGUCCGUUCAUGCAUCAUCCCGUGCCUUGCCGUGGUAUGCCCCGUCUAGCUGCUGCCCGGUCCACCGUGUCUCUUACGCCGCCUAG